UUCAUCAGAGCCCUGCAGAAGCAACUCUCCAUUCAUUGGAACAAAAAGCAGCUCUGGUAUUGCGGGGACAGAGGGGGAUUUAUGUGAACGCCGGCGGAGACGCUCUGCGGACAGACAAUAAAAGUGGGAACAAUCAGAUCACAACAAAAGACAACACAAGAUGACCGAAGGACGUCUUUGCCAGGUUCACCUCCUUGACGGCAGGAAUCUGGAGCUCCUGGUGCAGCCCAAGCUGUUGUCCCGAGAGCUGUUAGAUUUGGUGUCGUCACACUUUAACCUGAAGGAGAAAGAAUAUUUUGGAUUGAGCUUCAUAGAUGACACUGGCCAGAAUAACUGGCUGCAGCUGGAUCGUAAAGUCCUUGAUCAUGACUUCUCCAAGACCUCGGGGCCUUUGGAGCUCAAAUUUCUUGUGAGGUUUUACAUUGAGAAGAUCACCUUCCUGAAAGAGAACACCACAGUGGAGCUCUUCUUCCUCAACGCAAAAUCUUUAGUGUUUAACGAGACCAUCGAAGUGGAGAGUGGGAAUGUUUUCAAGUUAGCCGCAUUCGCAUUGCAGGAGGCUAAAGGAGUUUACACCAGUGCUGAUACUGCCAGAUCAGACCUGAAGCAGCUCCCAGUUCUGCCAACAAGAGUUUUAAGGGAGCACCCAUCUCUCAAUUUCUGUGAGGACAAGGUGAUUGAAAAUUACAAGAAAUUGAAGGGACUGACCAGAGGACAAGCAGUUGUGCAGUAUCUUGCCCUGGUGGAGUCAUUGCCGACAUACGGAGUCCAUUAUUACCCAGUGAAGGAUAAGCAAGGACUACCGUGGUGGCUAGGAGUCAGCUACAAAGGCAUUGGCCAGUACGAUUUGCAGGACAAGCUGAAACCAAGAAAGUUGUUUCAGUGGAAGCAGUUGGAGAAUUUGUAUUUCCGGGAGAAGAAAUUUGCAGUGGAAGUGAACGACCCACACAGAAGAACAGUGACCAAGCGAACCUUUGGACAGACUGGUCUGGUUAUUCACACAUGGUAUGCCAGCCACUCUCUGAUUAAAACCAUCUGGGUGAUGGCCAUCAGUCAGCACCAGUUCUACCUGGAUAGAAAGCAAAGCAAAUCGAAUAUGGCCAAAACCAGGAGUUCAGGAGACAUCGCUGUCGACCUCACAGAGAUCUGCGCCCCGCGGAUCACUAAACUUUCCAGCAUCGAGAUCAAAGACCAGCUCAUCAUGGCCAGCAGUGGGAGCCUCAUCUCAGCCGGUUCUGCUGAUUCAGAAGUCAGUGAGGAGCAGAAGAAAGAGAAGAUUGCAGAGCUAAAGAAGAAAGAAAAAGACCUUAAUGACAAGCUUACAAAGAAACUUGAGGAACUGAAGAAGAUCUGCUUGAGAGAAGCAGAGCUUACAGGCAGAUUACCUCAGGAGUAUCCCCUGGCCACGGGUGAGAAGGCUCCCCAAAUCCGUCGCCGUGUUGGUACGACCUUCAAGCUGGACAACCUUUUCCCCUAUGAUGCGGACCCACAUUUGAGGAAUCUGGAGAGCAUGUUUGCGCUACAGCAGAAGAUUGUAGAAGCAGCCAUCAAGUUAGCCAGCGAGGGCGACCUCUGCAAGACAGUUAGGAAGAAGAGGAGAAAUAACUUCCUGGACUCAAGGAGGAAGCUGGAGGAUAUUGAGAGGGAGAUCAACGCCUACAGGAUCAAGAAAGGAAAGCAGCCAACCCAGAGAGCUUCACUGAUCUUAGCAGAUGAUGUCAACCCAUCAGACCUCAGUUCCCUAUCUGACAGCCUUACUCUGGAUGAUGAUGAUGAGUUUUCUUCCCAGAGGCAGCGCUCCAGAUCAGUGCAGUAUUCUCCACGGCCGCACCACGCAGAAACCCUGGACCUCCACUACAACCAGGAGAGACGUGUAUCUGCCAACGAGCAGCAUGCAGACAGCAGAUUAAUUUAUGGACAAGUCCAGGAACCUCUCCAUUACAGUCACCGUGAUGCCUUAUCAAGCCACAGCAGCCCUUUUAAACCGGCUUCCAGACAACCACGUGACGCCCGCAGCAUGCCCCCUACCCCUCUGCUCACCCGCAACGCCUACAGCAGCACUCAGCUAAGGACAGAGGAUGCUCCACAACAUUUCCGCCAGCGUAGCGGGAGUCUGGAGUCCCAGUCUCAGUUCCAGACAGAGCCUGAACCUCCCGUGCCAACCUUCACCUUCAACCCAGCCCGGCGGAGCAACAGCACAGAGGUCCUCGAUGACGGCUCCUCCUACACAAGCCAGUCCAGUGUGGAGUACAGUGUUCCUGGUAACCACACCCACAAACGCAGAACCCGUGGUCGCCACAGAAAAGACCUGUACGCCAACACAGGCAGCAUGCCCAACCUGGCUCAGCCAGAUACCCGCGGCUACGCCUACCAGCCUCGGGCCCGACCCACCACAACAGCUUAUUAUGUCACAGGUUACCCCAGCUACGCAGACCCAGAGCCUUACUCCAACGGACACUACAUGUAUAACGAGAUGGAGGGACACUACAAUGUCAACCCCUCCUACCACCCCACCCCGACAGAUUAUCACGACGUGCACAGUCACUAUGGAAACGACGAGAUAGACGGCAUGUCACAGCACCCAUAUGCUACACUCAGGCCACCAAGAAACCGCCAGGUGGCCCACAGAAACGAGCAUGUCACCAAGAACAUCCAAAAGGCCUUGGUGGCUGAGCACUUGAAAGGCUGGUACCAUCGCAGCGCCGCACACAAACAAGCUCCAUACUACGAGUUCGACAGAGGCUCACAGCAGAGCCUGGGCUAUCAGACCAUGCCUGCACCCUACAGCCACAACAACAGAAACAUGUUCUCAUCAGCGUCCUCAGCAUCCUCUACUGGAAACUGGCACAGCCACAUGAGUGGUGGCAUGUCGGAAUAUGACAUGCCUAUGCAUGCCCCACCGCCGCAGUCCUACUCUUACAGCACAGCCCCAUACAGCCACUCUGCCCACAGCAGAUAUGGCGCCUCACAGCUUUUAAAGGCCUCCUGGCACAGCCCUGACGGUCGGAGGCGCUGUGCCUUUUUCCCUGAUAGUUCUUCCUCCUCAGCUUCCUCCUCCACCUCUUCCCUGCCCUCCUCCUCCUUUCCCUCCUCCUCCUUCUCCCCUGGCUGUCGGGCCAGACAGGUGGCCUCCAGCCCUGUGCAGCCUCAAUCCUCCAGAGGGCACAGGCUCAGUAAGGUGUCCUUUGCUAAAGGUAGUUCAUAAUCCUACAUAGAUGUCAGCAGCCAAAUGCAAACAAACAUGGAACCAGACGACCAAAUUCAAUGGCACGAGGAAUCAAAACCGGGAACAAUAGUGUAGUUGCCUCACUUGUCGUCGCGCUGUACGAAUCUCUCACCUUGACACGUUGUCAUUGUGCCUUAGACUGCACUUAACCAUGUUUCUGUAAAUGGGGUCCAAAGAAUGAAGGAACUUGUUUGUCACAAACACAGUUGCCAAACCGACCCACAUCCUUGUGUUUUAAUUCAUAACAAAACCGAGGAGGAGCGUCUACAUGUGCGGAAUUGUGAGUGUUUGUGGUGAUGGCGGUUGUGCACUGAAACUUUACAUGGACCUGCUGUGGACUGAAACUCUCCAGUGUUUCUCUGAGGAGAUGCCGACUUCCCUAACCAAGGACUAAGACUGUCUCUGUAAGAGGAUACUGAGCCGUUAUGAACAAGGAGAAAAGACUACUGCUUUGCUGAUGUUCUCCUAUUUACACGCAUGUAUGAAUACUGUUACCAUGAAGGAUCAGACAUGGCUUGAUGAGGACAUCGUCAAAAUGAAGGAAUGAGCUCAUUAAAAAUGAGUCAGAACAGAUGGCUACUUCCUGGAACGAUGUACAGUCGCAAGAGCCAGUUUUAACAAACAGCGUUGUUUCAAACUGCCACUGUGCUUCCUGUCAUCCUGUGUGUCAUUUACUGAGUAUUAAGUACAUCUCACUGUCAGUACUUAACCAUACAAUUGAGCCAAGUACUUCUACUACGUCACACCACUUGAGUAUUACUCGAAGUAAACUUUAAUAUUACUGCCACAUCUGAUCAGUCACUGCAAGAAGACAGUUCAUUUUGUUUAUCUUAUCUUUUCUGUAUUUAAUUUUUUUUUAAACAUGAUAUUUCCUCCAUGCUGGAAAUCAUGGACUGGUGCUCCCAAUUUCUCUCAGAGAUUGAAGUUGUGUAUAAAUGUUGGUAUUGUAAAUACACUGGGUCUGUCUUUUUUCCCUUUCUUUUUUAGACAUUUUAUGUAUUUGAAAAGCAUGUAAUAUAUAGUAAACAACUGUUGUUAAGCUGGUUCUUAGUCAUUUGUAUAAUUGCGUUUGUUUGAAUAAAAAAAAUCAGCUUUUGAA